UGAAUUCAUACCAGAAAGACAACACGUGCGCGCUGUUUGGCUUUGGUUUCUAGUUUGGUUUUUCUUUACCUUUAAAUAAUUGAAAUUGUUUAUUAAUAACAAUGGAUAAAGUAGAGCCUGUGGCUCUCGAGCAGACAGAUUCUGUUGAGGCUAAUACGGAGCAAGUUAACCAGCCUCAAACUUCAACAGAAGUGACCACAGAAGAAACGUUGGUGGUAACCACAGUGGAGAAGGGAGAGUUAACGAACGCAGUAGAAGAAAUGGCCACGCCCGAAGAGUCUACGAAAAUGGAUUGUGAAUCAUCGACAGAAGCUCAAGUAGACGCCGUGGUCACAAAACCGAAUGAAUCAACUGAGAAACCUUCAGCCAUCGAGACUACGCCUAAUUCAAUGGAGAGAUCCAAUGCAGAGCCAUCAAUUGGAGCAUCUUCUUUAAUGGAAACUGAGAAGAAUCCUUCAGAGAAAACCACUGCCACCACAAAUGGUCUUAGUUUGCUGGCAACCUAUAGUUCUGAUGUCGACUCCGAUGUGGAAGAAGUUGCUCCAACUCAGGAUGAUGAUGUGGUUGAAGUACCUGUAACAGGUUGCACUGCCUAUCGCCGUUCCGUGGCUGUGGCCGCAAGCUCCGACAGUGAGAGCGAGAAAAGUAGCAGCAGCAGCGAUUCCGAUUCCAAUUCGGAGGGUGAAUAUCUUACAGUUUUGAGGAAGAAGAUUGAAAAGCGAAUCAAUACCGAAGAUUGUGAUGAAGACGAUGAAGAUUUCGAUGAGGAUGAGGCAGUUGGAAAUGGCCGUCCACGUGGUCGUCGGCAGCCUCCAAAAGUAAGGGGUGAAAUGUUACUAGAUGAUCUGCCACCCAUACAUCAGCUGGAGAUUACUGUCCCAGAGGAUGAGUGCGUGGAACUGGGAAAGGUGCAAUCAAUUGUGGAUCAAUUAGUGUUAGUCGAUGUGCUGCCCAAUUCAAUGCUCUUUGAUUUGGACACCGUGUUGUUUUUGGAAAAGGGACGCAAAGUGUUGGGCCAGGUCUUCGAUGUGCUGGGACAGGUGGCAGAUCCCAUAUAUUGUGUGCGCUUUAAUAGUAAUCAGCAGAUUGUUGACCGUGACAUCAAAGUGGGCGAUGUUGUGUACUGUGCUCCAAAAACGGAGCACACCCAAUUUGUUAUUCUCUCAAAACUGAUGCAAGUACGCGGAUCGGAUGCUUCUUGGGAGCAUGAUGUAGAACCGCCGGAACGCUACAUAGACUAUUCCGACGAUGAGGCUGAGCGAGAGGCACGUCAGGAUCAGCGCAAGAGACGCCAACGAGAUCGCACCAAUUCCACAGAUUCUGUAGAUACAGUUCAAACAGAAGCCUCGUCAGUGGCCGAACCACCUGCACGUCAGCGUGGUCGUCGUGCCCAUCGUGCCGAGAGUUUCCGCCAGCAUCAGCAGCCACAGCAGCAGCCUCGUCGCCAGCAACAGCCACAGCAACAGCAACAAGACUUCCAACAACCACUUGAUGCCUCCUCUCAUUAUAAUUAUCAUCCUAGCUAUAACCCAGGCAGUUGGCAUUCAAAUUACUAUCACAAUUUCCAUCCGCCACCAAAUAACUUCAAUAUGCCGCCUCAGCCCGCCGCAAUGGGUAUGCAUUUCCCUGUGCCCAACUACGGCUAUGGCAUGCCCAUGGGAAUGCCACCCCACAUGAUGCCGGCAAUGCCACAAAUGUAUGCUCCUCCACCGCCUUUUGGACAACCGCCGCCAUCUUCCCCUCAGCACAAUCAACGACAGCCACCAAGAUCAGGACAUUAGGUUUAACUAAAACUUUCCAACAGAGAGAGACUAUCAUAAAUUAAGAUUUAUACAGAAAUAUUAUUUUAUUUCAAUAAAAAAUUACCUUAAUUAAA